AUGUUCUCAUAUCCUUUUUCGGUUAACCGAAAAUUACAAUUCAAAGUAAGUUGCACUGAAAAAGUCUUUUGUUCGUUCACAGAGAAUAACCAACAACCACCUCAAGGAAUUUUUGAGGAAAUACCAAUAAAUGAUGAAUAUCGAAAUCUCAAGAAAAGAACUCUUCUAAAUCUUCUUCUUGUCUUCUUCUUCUUCUUCUUCUUCUUAUUCUUCUUUUUCUUUUUCCUGUUGAACAGAGGAAAAAGCAUUCAAUCCUUCUUAGUUUGUUCACCUUCUUCUUUUCCUACUAAUUUUAUAGUAAGCCCCUCCUCCUUAGACUCAUUUUUAAAUUUUUCUCCACAAUUAAAAAUCCUUUCAUCUUCUUCUUCUUCAUUCUUCUUCUUCUUUUCUUUUUCAUCUUCUUCUCAAAUGUUUCCUUUUCUUCUUUUUUUUGAAUUCCUACUUCCCUAUUUGUUUCUUCUUCUUCUUGUCCUCCUAUAA